AUGAACGUGACAAGUUUAUUUUCCUUCACAAGUCCAGCUGUGAAGAGACUUCUUGGCUGGAAACAGGGUGAUGAGGAAGAAAAGUGGGCAGAGAAAGCCGUUGAUGCCCUGGUGAAAAAACUGAAGAAAAAGAAGGGUGCCAUGGAGGAACUGGAAAAGGCCUUGAGCUGCCCGGGCCAGCCCAGUAACUGCGUCACCAUUCCCCGCUCCCUGGACGGCAGGCUGCAGGUCUCCCACCGGAAGGGGCUGCCGCAUGUCAUCUACUGCCGCGUGUGGCGCUGGCCCGACCUGCAGAGCCACCAUGAACUGAAACCCCUGGAAUGCUGCGAGUUUCCUUUCGGCUCCAAGCAGAAGGAGGUGUGCAUCAACCCCUACCACUAUAAGCGCGUAGAAAGCCCUGUUCUUCCUCCAGUACUGGUUCCAAGACACAGUGAAUACAAUCCUCAGCACAGCCUCUUAGCGCAGUUCCGCAACCUAGGGCAGAACGAGCCUCACAUGCCGCUCAACGCCACCUUCCCGGAUUCUUUCCAGCAGCCCAGCAGCCAUCCGUUUCCUCAUUCUCCCAACAGCAGUUACCCCAACUCUCCUGGAAGCAGCAGCAGCACGUACCCUCACUCUCCGACCAGCUCAGACCCAGGAAGCCCCUUCCAGAUGCCAGCAGAUACACCCCCACCUGCUUACCUGCCCCCUGAAGACCCUAUGACCCAGGAUGGCUCUCAACCUAUGGACACAAAUAUGAUGGCGCCUUCUCUGCCCUCAGAAAUCAACAGAGGAGAUGUUCAAGCAGUUGCUUAUGAGGAACCGAAACACUGGUGCUCUAUUGUCUACUACGAGCUCAACAAUCGUGUGGGCGAAGCGUUCCACGCCUCCUCCACGAGCGUGCUGGUGGAUGGUUUCACCGAUCCUUCCAACAACAAGAACCGCUUCUGCCUCGGGCUGCUCUCCAACGUUAACCGGAAUUCCACCAUCGAAAACACCAGGCGGCACAUCGGGAAAGGAGUUCAUCUUUAUUAUGUUGGAGGUGAGGUAUAUGCCGAAUGCCUCAGUGACAGUAGUAUUUUUGUGCAAAGUCGGAACUGCAACUACCAUCACGGAUUUCAUCCCACUACUGUUUGCAAGAUCCCAAGUGGGUGUAGUUUGAAAAUUUUUAAUAACCAAGAGUUUGCUCAGCUACUGGCACAGUCUGUGAACCACGGCUUCGAGACGGUCUAUGAGCUCACAAAAAUGUGUACUAUUCGCAUGAGCUUUGUGAAGGGCUGGGGAGCAGAAUACCACCGCCAGGAUGUUACUAGCACCCCCUGCUGGAUCGAGAUCCAUCUGCACGGCCCCCUCCAGUGGCUGGAUAAAGUUCUUACCCAGAUGGGCUCGCCUCAUAACCCUAUUUCAUCUGUGUCUUAA